AUGAGCUCCCCCGGCACGGAGGGCGCGGGCAAGCCCCUGCAGUACCGCGUGGACCACCUGCUGAGCGCCGUGGAGAGCGAGCUGCAGGCGGGCAGCGAGAAGGGCGACCCCACGGAGCGCGAGCUGCGCGUCACGCUGGAGGACAACGAGCUGUGGCUGCGCUUCAAGGAGCUCACCAACGAGAUGAUCGUCACCAAAAACGGCAGGAGGAUGUUCCCGGUGCUGAAGGUGAGCGUGUCGGGCCUGGACCCCAACGCCAUGUACUCCUUCCUGCUGGACUUCGUGGCGGCCGACGGGCACCGCUGGAAGUACGUGAACGGCGAGUGGGUGCCGGGCGGGAAGCCGGAGCCGCAGGCGCCCAGCUGCGUCUACAUCCACCCCGACUCGCCCAACUUCGGCGCGCACUGGAUGAAGGCGCCCGUCUCCUUCAGCAAAGUCAAGCUCACCAACAAGCUCAACGGCGGCGGGCAGAUCAUGUUGAACUCCCUGCACAAGUAUGAGCCUAGGAUUCAUAUAGUGAGAGUUGGUGGCCCGCAGCGGAUGAUCACCAGCCAUUCCUUCCCAGAGACGCAGUUUAUAGCUGUGACAGCAUACCAGAACGAGGAGAUCACAGCUUUAAAAAUAAAAUACAAUCCAUUUGCAAAGGCAUUUCUUGAUGCAAAAGAAAGAAGUGAUCACAAAGACAUGAUGGAGGAAGUGGGAGACAACCAGCAGUCUGGGUAUUCGCAAUUAGGUAGUUGGCUUAUUCCUGGGACUGGGUCUCUGUGCCCGCCUGCAAAUCCUCACCCUCAGUUUGGAGCACCCCUGUCACUCUCCCCCGCUCACAGCUGUGAAAGGUACUCAUCGCUGAGGAAUCACCGGUCUGCCCCUUACCCCAAUCCCUACACCCAUAGAAACAACUCGCCAACCUAUGCCGAUAAUUCCUCUGCCUGCCUUUCCAUGCUCCAGUCCCAUGACAACUGGUCCAGCCUAGGAGUUCCCACACAUACGACUAUGCUGCCCAUGAGUCACAGCACUGGCACAGCCACCAGCUCCAGUCAAUAUCCUAACUUGUGGUCUGUGAGUAACAGCACCAUCACACCGGUGUCUCAGUCAAGUGGGAUGUCCAAUGGCCUGAGCUCCCAGUUUUUACGUGGCUCUCCAGCACACUACACUGCCCUUCCUCAUCCAGUCGCUACCGCCUCCUCUGCAUCCCCGCUGUAUGACGGCGGUGCAACUACAGACCUUCCGGACAGCCAGUACGAUGCCUCCGCGCAUGCUAGGCUAGCAUCCACGUGGACGCCUGUCACCCCACCUUCCAUGUAA